CUUGAGAAUAGUGUUUGUUUACAUGCUGCAUUGUUUGUAUCUAAAACAAUAAUUGCAAUUAUUUACCAUGGAGGACUGCGGUAUGGCUAUGGAGACUAGUUCACCCACGGAGACCAACUCCGAACUCAAUUUUAAUCUGGAGGAAGAGAAGGUACUCGAGCAGCGGGUCUCUGUGGAUGACGGCGACAAGCAGACAAUAGCAGCCGGCAUUUGUUAUUGUGGGAAAGAUCGCAAUCUAAACCUCGUGGAGCUCCUGUGCGCCACCUGCUCACGAUGGAUACACGAAUCCUGUAUUAGCUAUCAACUGGGUAAAGGCAAGAUGGUUCCCUUCAUUACUAACUAUGUGUUUGUGUGCAAAAAUUGCUCGGCCACCGGCCUGGAGAGCUUUCGGAAAAGUCAAGCAACCAUAUCCCAGAUGUGUCACUCGGCCAUAGCCAAUAUGCAGCAGACAGCCCAACGAGAGGGCAAGCGUGACAUACAGUUUAGCCGGGACAAGGAAAUUAUACCAUUUAUUGAGCAGUAUUGGGAGGCUAUGACAACAAUGCCACGCCGACUGACCCAAUCAUGGUACAGCACGGUGCAGCGUGCCUUAAUAAAGGAUGUCCAGACGAUAUUUACCUAUGAGGAGCAUGCGGAGAACGGUGCCAUGUAUGGUUUACUCCAGCAAGAUUUGAGACUGAUUAAGCCCAACUAUGAGAGCAUGAGCAAGACUGGUGCUUUGCGGCUCACGGAGGAAGGGUAUACGCAAGCUGUUCUUGCCAAAAACAAUCGACAGAAACGCAAAUUUCCCGGAACCGAUGCUGGACCCACAGGCAAAAAGGGUCGCCCGAGUUCCGAUAUUACGGCGAAUGUGAAAUUGCCACCACAUGGUUAUCCACUAGAACAUCCAUUCAAUAAGGAUGGCUAUCGAUAUAUACUAGCCGAGCCUGAUCCACAUGCCCCAUUCAGACAAGAGUUUGAUGAAAGUUCCGAUUGGGCUGGCAAACCAAUCCCAGGUUGGCUGUACCGCACUCUUGUGCCACAUUCCGUGUUACUGGCAUUACACGAUCGUGCUCCGCAAUUGAAAAUUAGCGAGGAUCGUUUGGCGGUUACAGGAGAACGUGGCUAUUGCAUGGUACGAGCCACACACUCUGUUAAUCGCGGGUCGUGGUACUACGAGAUCACCAUUGAAGAGAUGCCCGAAGGUGCAGCCACACGAUUGGGAUGGGGUCGCGAAUAUGGCAAUCUGCAGGCUCCUCUGGGUUAUGAUAAAUUCGGAUAUUCAUGGCGUUCCCGCAAAGGCACUAAAUUUACCGAGAGCCAUGGCAAACAUUACAGUGAGUCCUAUGUUGAGGGCGAUACUCUGGGUUUGCUUAUUGAGCUGCCCGAAGAAUCUUCAUUAGAUUACCUGCCAAAUACAUUCAAAGAUCGGCCCCUGGUCAAGUUUAAGUCGCAUCUGUACUACGAGGACAAGGAUAAAAUAACCGAAACGCUAAAGAAUCUACGUACCCUGCAGGGCAGUCGCAUCGAGUUCUUCAAGAAUGGCCAGUCUCAGGGUGUGGCAUUUGAAAAUAUUUAUGCCGGGAGCUAUUUUCCCGCAAUAUCAAUACAUAAAAGUGCCACAGUGAGUGUAAACUUUGGACCAGCCUUUAAAUAUCCUGAAGUCCUCAGUGCUCGCAAGGCUAAAGGGAUGAAUGAUCGUGUUGAGGAGCUCAUUACAGAGCAAUGUUUGGCCGAUACCCUCUAUCUCACCGAACACGAUGGUCGAUUACGUCUGGAUAACUUGAAUUUGUUGUAGACGACGGGAAAGGGAAAGAGAUGAGAACGGGUUUCUCCAUCGUUUCAGAAUGCAUAUGUUCAAUCACGAUCCAUUUAUUAUUAAAUGCCAUUGUUUAAGUUCAACUUUA